AUGUCAAAUAAUACCUUUUUAGAGUAGAAUAAAAUUUUAGCAGAUAAGAAACUAUAUACAGAAAUUCCUAUUCUAAAGUAAAAUAAUCAUUUUUAGAUUAAUUAAAUAUAAACUAAAAAUGACUAAUCCAACUCCAUUUUAAAUGAAUAUAUUUUAAAAUCUACUUCAUCUUAUUAGAAAGAGAAUAUCUAAGAAGAAAUAUGUUUUAAAAUAUUAAAACUAUGCAAAAUAUGUUCACAGUAUAUAUAAGUUGAUGAAUUUGAUGAACAUUUAUAUAAAUGUUAAACUUCCUAUUUAAAAUUGAAUGAAUCUGAAGUUAAUAUCUAAGAUUAGAGCACACUUAUUAUCUUAAAUUCAGGAGAAAUUAAUAAAAAUUAUUAAGAUUCCAAAAAGGUUGAAGAGGAAGUUGAUAAGGAAUUAGUAUAAAUUGGCUAUUCAGUGGGAGGAACUGAAAUUUAAACAAUUAUCAAAAAAGAUAGCAAAACAGGAUUUACAGUGUAUAAAACUACAUAUACCAAAAAUCAAAAUAAAAAUGCAUUGAAAACUGAACAAUAAAUUAAUACUGAACAAUUAAAUAUAAAUUUACCAAAUACUAAUACUUAAAAUGAAUAGUUUAAUUAAAACAUUGACUGUUAUUAAACACCAUAAUCAGAAAUUUGUCCACUAUGCAAUAAAUAAUAUGAAUUAUUCGAGGAAACCAAAAAUUUUGAGUGUCACCAUUUAUUUCACUUAAGUUGCCUUCAAAGUUUAAUAUGUCCAAUUUGUACUUAAAAUUAAUAGUAACAAAAAUGA